GAAGGCUGUCUCGACGUGUAUGUUUUGAACAGUUCGCAACAUGUUAAUGAGUUUUUACCAAGUUCUUAUUAAAAAUUCAUGCGGUGUGUUCAGUAUACGAAAGACAAUUACUAGUGCAAGACAUUUACCUUCUUGAUCGAGUAUUUUUGUUAGUAUCAAUUGUGCAAUCAAGAAGGCGAAGAACGAUGCCAGGUAAAGGAAGCAGAAAAGGAAAAUCCGGUCACGGUGGAAAAAGGGUCGAGGUAACAUCAGACGAAGAAUCCAUUAAUGAUGCAUGCAGUGUGACCAGCAGUCAGUCGGAUAACCGAAGUAUGCUGGAUGAUGUAAACGACAAUGAAGUGGACGAGUUCACACAGCAAGAAGCAUUUGAAGAAAAACUGAAGGAGACAAUAGAUGGUUUAACACAGCGAAGCGCGAAAGGCAGAACGGUUUGCUUCAAUGGAAUGGAAAAGAUUUUCGCGAUUAAAUAUGUUCCGGAUUUUGUGGAAGAUAGAAAGAUGACCAUCACAGAUUCCAUCGAACGAGGUCUGAAGAAAGGACGCGGCGAAGAACAAUCAACAGCGGCCAGAUUGAGUACACUGCUUUGCGUUCAAUUGGGAGCAUUCGAAAGUGCUGAAAUAGUUUGCAGGGACUUGAAGAGUAUUCUGACUUUCAUAGUCAGCGAUACAACAGCUUCCACUCAAGCUCGUUCUGAGUGUUGCUGGGCUUUGAGCAUGAAUCAGUUUUUGUCGGGCAACGAUGCUGUGGACACGCUUGAAAUUGUGCAAUUAUUGUCUAGCAUUUUUUCGGGUUCCUAUUUGAAAGGAAAUGGGGCUAUACCAACUAUUACUUCUGAAGUAGCAGCCCUACAUUCGGCAGCGAUUUCGUCAUGGACUCUUCUUUUAACAGUGAUGGCUCCAGCUGAUGUAUACAAUUUUGUUUCGAGCAGUAGAGCCAAUACUUAUAUGCCAUCCCUGAACAGAUUGCGAGAAUUAUUGGAUUCACCACACCUGGAUGUUAGGUUAUCAGCUGGAGAAGCUCUUGCUGUAAUAUUUGAACUUGGUAGGGACUUUUGCUGUGAUUACGAACAAAGCUGGUCACUGGAUUUAAUUGAAAUAUUGAAAGAAUUGGCCACAGACUCUAACAAGUACAGAGCAAAAAAAGAUCGAAAACAACAAAGAGCUAAUUUCAGGGAUAUACUGCAUUACAUAGAAGAAGAUACUGUACCAGAAAUGCACGUCAAGUUCGGUCAAGAAAUUCUAUAUUUAGAGGGGUGGUGUGCACGAACUCAAUAUAACGCAUGUUGUAGAUUAUUAGGCCCAGGUAUUAACAUUCAUCUCGCGGAAAAUCAACUUCUACGGGAAAUUUUCCACCUUGGUAACAAAGUUUUACCAAUUCCAUCGAGUCAGAAAACCACUAAAUUGGAAAGAACGUUAAUGAAUGCAGCUGCGUUUAAAGCUCGCACUAUCCAACGCAAUAAGAACAGAGAUAAACGAUCGGCAGCCAUGGCACCGUAAUUCUUGAACUUUGUGCUUUUAUAUAUUAGAUAACUUGUUUUAGGAUAGCAAAACGUCAGAUAUACUUUUAAUUUAUUAGAAGUAUUGUUCCGGAAAUGAGAAACGAUUAAUAUUAUGUUUUCCGUAACGGUUUAGGAAAAAUUGUAAAUAGGAAAAAAAGAUUAUGGACAGAAAGAUAUAGUUGAAAUUCGUUUAACACAGCACGAUUAAAAAUUGUUUUAAUCGGUUCUCGAUUAGCUAAAUACAAUGUUACAUGAUGUUAUC